GGGCAUGGACUGGAAACCAUCUCCAUCCACGACUGCAAAAACCAGCAGCUCCCACAACACACACACUUAAUCUCCACGAGCUCCCACUGACAAUGACUGCCAAAAACCGACACAAGAACAGCUCGAGCGAGAAGAGCGUCGCAUCCAGCCAACAGGACGAUGCGCCGAAGAAAAGCCAAAAGAGCACCGGUAACGGGGUGAGUGGCCCCGCACCUCAGGGGCCACGGUCAGGGAGCUGCCUCGGGCUUUUAGCCACUGUAGUGUUUUAUAUUGCGUUGAUAGGCGCCGCUGGGUUUGCUGCUUUUUAUUUACAGCAAGUUGUGGAAGAAAUCAGGGAGACGAGCGCAAAGCACGAAGAGAGCGCAAAGCAGAGCGCAGAGCUGAGCGUAAAAAUGGAGAGCGUCGUUCAACAGGUGGAGUCUCUGAGGAGUGUCGUGGACGGGCUGGAGUCAUCACUGGGCAUCACACGGGUGGAGCUGGAGGGCGCCAUCAGCCGGAUGAAGAGGGGCGAGGUGGAGACGAGGAGGGUGGAGGAGGCUCUUCAGAGGCUCCAAAACGAUCUACUCAGGGACCUUUCAGAGGGCAUUAACGAGGUGAAGGAGGCCAGAGAGAGAGACUUCUCCUCUCUGGAGAAGACUGUGGAGGAACGUCUGGCUGAGGUGAGUCAGUCCAUCAAAGCCAGCGUGACGGAGUUCACCGAAGCUCAAGGUGAGGCGCAGAGCCAGCUGGCUGACCUCAAGGCCCGCCUGGGCGACAUUGAAGACCCUGCACUCAUCAAACAGGAGCUCUCCGCCAUUGUCGAUGCUGUAGCUGAAAUCAAAACAGCCAAACAGGCCGCUGAUGCCUCAGCUGAUUCAUUCAGGGAGCAGGUAGGCGCUGUGAGGUCAGAGCUCCAGACUCGUAACAAGGAAGUAGCCUCACUGUCACAGGAGGUUGAAACAGUGAGGUCAGUGGUGCAAGAGACUGUUGGGAGUCUGAGGCAGUCGCUGUCUACAGCGGAGGCCGAUCUCAAGGUUCUCAAGGACAAAAGCGUGACACUGGAGGGCAGCCUGGAGCAGGCGACAGAUGCUGUCCGUAAUAUGGAGAAGCAGGCGAACGCAGCAGCUGCGCAGGCCCUGAAAAGAUCAGACGACCUGGAGGCCAGAGUUAAAACCACAGAGGAGGGCGGAGAUUCACUGUCAGCAUCAGUAGCAGACAUCACCUCCAAGGUGGAGUCACUAUUCGCCAAAUACGACACCCAUGAAAGCACUCUCGCUGCACAGGUACAAGCUGCAGAGAAAGUCAAAACAGGCUUGGAGCAGGAGCUGGAGGCACUGAGGAGCAGUUUAGGGGAGCUCCAGUCCCAGCUGUCGUCAGAGGACUCCAGCCUGAGUCAGCAGGUGGAGGACCUGGAGAAGAGGCUCGCCGCUGUGGAGGGCAGCAGCAGCAGCAGCAUGAAGCCAGAGCAGCUUCAGAGCUUACAAAGCGUGGUCGCUGGUUUGGAGAGCAAAGCGGCGAAGCUCGAAGGCCACGAUCAGGCUAUCUCUGCUCUUCAGAAAGCUCUGCAGCAGACCACGCGGACACUGGAGGGCUUAACCAAAGGCAAGAAGGGAAAGUAGGCGUCCAGUUCGCUACGCGACAUCAGGAAACCAAAACAUUGACAAUGAUUCCCAAAGGGCCACCAUAACACACUCCUCCUAUUUUCAUGAAGAAUUAUGCGAUGGUUGAUGUCACCACGUUGCACAUUUUUUAAUAGAAAAUGAAUGUGAGAUCAGGAGAGAUGGGCCACAGCUGUACUGCUGAUCUGUGAAUUCAAAUCCACACUCAUUCUGCACUGUAGUUUGUUUUUUUUUUCGAUUUUGUUUUGUCCAGUUUUCUGUGCCAAGACAGUUUUUUUUAAGCCAAAUGCAACAAUAAGCUCCUUUUGAGCUCUCCUUUGUUUACUCAAUACGUUUUUACAAGAAUAAAAACUCUUGUUGACCUAAA